AUGACAUCUCUGGCGACUGGCGGCUCUCGUACCGUACCCGUUUACCUGCUGGCAGGUGCUCCAGUUCUGCAGCAGCCACGAGCUGGCCAGGAUUCGGGCGACCCGAGCCUGGCGACAGAGAUCUUGCCUGGUCCACCCCAAGUGGCCUCUGUGAAGCAAACGGCUGCCAGAAGAGACUCUAAGAAAUACGCUCCACUCGUGUCUUUUCUUCCUCAGCACGAUCCAGGAACUUCGUACGCUGGGAUGGCGGCUGCACCGGUCACUGGUACGGGUAUACUCGAAGCUAACUUGGAGGUGGAUGGCCCUAGACGCAAGCGUGCGAGGGUAGACAAAGGGCUAGCUGGUCAACGUCCUCAGCGGGCGUCUGCACGCAGUCUCAACGCCGUCGGCCAUGGUGCGGAUACUGCCGUCGCCAGCGGUGACGGAGUGGCUGCUUUGGAGCUUCCCGAUGGUGAUCACGUCCUCGCGCAGGACUCUGACGGCCCCGUUCUCUCAAGAUCAAACUCUUCCCCAAACCUCGUCGAGGAGAUAUCUAUGCCUCCGUCUUCAAGCGCACGACCUCAAAGGAAGGACAAGGGGAAGGGGAAGGAAAAGGCGGCCGUGAGGAUCAAGGAGGAGCCGAUGACGGUGACGUUGCAACAGUUGUCGGAGCCUUCCUUUUCGCAUCGUAACGAGGACCACUGCUCUGCAUGUCGGUCUCUGGGCUCUUUGGUCUACUGCGAUGGCUGCCCUCGCGCUUAUCACCUCAUCUGCCUCGACCCACCAAUGGAUGUGUCCGAUGUCCCAGAGGGUGAAAAUCGAUGGUACUGUCCUUCUUGCAAGCUUCGCCAGCAUCCGCCACCAAAACCGCCGCUGAAUUCCUUCAUGGCUCCUUUGGUCCAACACGUUCUAAAUAGCACCCCGACAGAGUUCCAACUCCCCGAUGAUAUCCGCACGUUCUUCAAAGGAGUCGCUGCGAGCACACGGGGCGGUUACGUGGACACGACGCUCAUCAAGCCUCCACGUCUCAAUCGACAUGGUCAGCUGGAAGAUCGUGAUCCCUAUCGUACAAAGGACCGCAAUGGUGCCCCCGUUCUCUGCUUCCGUUGUGGAUUUUCUGCACUUCCAGAUGGAAUGGCUGUUACCGCUCCCGUAUCCAAGCGUCCUCGACGGGCUUCCACUCAGCCUUCGGUCUCCGAGCAGUGGAAGAGCAUCGUCUCCUGCGACUACUGCUCUCUUCAUUGGCAUCUCGAUUGUGUCGACCCUCCGUUGUUGACCAUGCCUCCGUUGGAUACGAAAUGGAUGUGCCCCAAUCACGCAGAACACGCCUUCCGACACAAGCCGCGAAUACCAAAACAGAAUGCUGCGCCGAUCGAUAUCGCGAAACCUGGACAACUCAACAAUGGGAACAUCGAGAUCAGCGAGCCGAUUGAACCAACUUCGACACACGACAAAGUUCCUGUUGACGAGGUAUUCAUCAAUGGUCGACGUUAUCGCAUUCCGGAACGUACAGUCGUACUGGACUUCUGGCAUAAGAUCAAUAAGGAUCGUAACCCUAUGGCAUACCGCUCUGGCCUCGAUAGCAUCACGUCUUCUCCCUUGACGUCCCUCAGUGCUCUCGAAGACGAAACCCCUGCGCCUUCUCAAACACCACACCCACGCCCGUCUGUGAGCACCUUGGACACCGAAGAUUUGCGUCUAGCUUUGCUGUUGGUGGACAUGUCUGCGACCAAAAUCACGUCAGAGUCACAACCCGGACCUGCUCAACCUUCCACUAGCACAACUCAGCCCACGCAGAACGGGCUCAACCACGCUACCAAUACCAGCCCUCAAACCAGUACCCAACGACCCACCAUCAUCAAUCCUCACGUAUCACUGUCAAUCUCACCAAGCCUCAAGCACGCAAGGCCACGGAACCAAGCAAUCCUGAGCCCGCUUCAGCCCCACCAAUUGCAGGCUCAUCCAUCGUGGUAA